ACAGCUUGCCAACAUCGACGUCCCGUCGUCCCAUCGCAACCCACGCCGCGAGAAUCACGACAACACCACCGGUUCUUUCGAAUUGGAUUCCUCUCCAGUCCAAACCUACACCCUUCAACGAAUCCGAACCGUCAAAAUGCGCACCCUCUACCUCGUCCUCCUCUGCCUCCUCACCCUCGCCUCCCCCAUAGCCGCUCAAUUCGGCUCCUUCUUCGACCAAAUGUUCGGCGGCCACGGCGGCCACGGUCACCAACAAACACAGCAGCAGCAGCAGCACCAAGGCCACGGCCACCAACAGCAUCCCAACGUGCCCAGCGACCCGUCCAUUUACCAGGCGAAUUACCAGCGGGCGCAUUGCGACAAGUACUUGUGUCCUGAUACUUUGGCAUGCGUUCACUACCCACACCACUGCCCUUGCCCGUGGCCGUUGCAUGAAGACAAGGCCGAGUUAGCCGAAGGUCAACGGAUCUGUGUCUCCAAGGGAGGGUUCAAGGUCGGAGAGGCGGCGAGGAAGAUAGAAUUGGCUAGGAAGGGGAUGCUCUGAGCUGUUACCCCCUUUUCUGGGAAGACAGGGGAAGUGGAGCCGUUGACAAAAAGGAAGAUUACAUGGAUGUAUUGUAGGUUGUGGGAAACAUUGCUUGGGGUUUUUGGCGUUACAAUAUCACAAUGAUAAUCUGUACAAAGAACUUAUGGAU